AAGGAAGAAAAAACAGCUGUCCACAAGCUGCACAAGAGGAAUAUUUCAAACCGUUGUGCCGCAGUUUGGCUCUAAACUCAAAAAGAAAAGUCUGUGUGUUCCACUGCCAAACAUCUACUCUGCACAGACCAAUAAAAUGGUGUGACAACUGCCAAAGCCCCGUGUGACAGACAGCCUUCAGGGAGCCAGCUAUACCACCCCACAGAAGAUGGAAGAGUCUCCUCACUUGUACAUCUCAGAGCUUGAAGACAAUGAGGAUAUAGAGGAAGAGGAGGAUGAUGAGGAUGAUGAUGAUGAUGAUGAUGAAGACAUUUAUGAAGAAGAACUCGACUUGACUAAGUCUCGCUACCCAGAGCCUCAUAAGCUUCCCAAACAGGAUACUGAGAGAAAUCCCUUUCUCUGCCAGCACUGUGAGAGAUGUUUUACAAGCAAACAAGGCUUGGAACGACACAUGCACAUUCAUACUGGGGCGAACGAUGAGGGACACAAAAGCGAUAUGAGCAACAUGUCUUUUGGUUCAAAUUUAAGUCAGCUGCAGCAUGAAAAGACAAAGCCUCUGGAUUCAGGGAGCUCAGUCAUGCAGCUUCAUGCUUCAUCCCCUACUAGCCCGAAUACGUCUGCUUUGUCUGCUGGAGAUCACGCUGCCCAGUCACACAAGCCAGGAGUACAAGAUGGGCACCAUGCUUGCAAGUACUGUGAAAAGGUAUUCACAACACAUACCAACAAGAGACGCCAUGAGCGCAGGAUCCAUGAGAACCACCAGCAAGUCACACAUGUGGAAAAAACGCAGCUGCCACAAGAGGAGAAUCCUCAGAGAAUAGUCAGUGAAUCCUCUCAACAGCAAACACAGCUUGGUGAGAGUGCAGCACUUGCAGCUGUUCUGGAGAAUGAAGGUGAACACACAGAACAAUACAUGCUAGAUGUCUCUAGCAAUAUUUCUGAGAAUCUUAGCUUUUACAUUGAUGGAAAGAUAGUGUCAACAAGUACUGUCAGUAACUGUGAAGCAGCUGAGGGUAAUUCUGGGUCUUCAACUUUAGUUGGACUGGAUGCCCUGAUUCUAGACCCCACCCAAAUCAGCCAGGUUUUAAAUACAGAUUCAGUUGCAGGCAAGGAAAUACCUGGUCAACCACUUGCCAAGAGGAGAACUGCAACACCACCUCUCCUACCACAAAUUAAAACUGAACUGGAGUCUGAGGUGGUCGUGUCUUCAUCCUCGUCAUCACUUGUAUCUUCUCUAAUAGAGAAUCUGCUUCCUCAAAAUACAGAGUCUACAGUUGUGCAGAAAGAAAGAACUGUGUUUUUGUCGCCAAAGCUGAAGCAGCUUCUGGAGAAGCAGGACGGCCUUAAACCUACACUUGCCCUCAUCACAGAUAGCCAGAAGCCAUGCUCACCUGUGUCUCUUUCUGUCCUACCCUCUGGAACAGGGAGGUUUAAAAGAAGAACCGGCUCUCCCACAAGCUCGACACAGCAAAAUGAAGAAACAUCAACACCAGAUACAGGAGAUUUUGAUGAUGUAACUAUGGGACAAACAGAGACCCAGCAAAGCUCACCUGUGCACCAGACACUCAACGAAAACAGUGACACGACCCCAUCUGUCGCGGAGCCGACAGUGAAGCCUGUUUUGACGGACAGCUGGCCCCCUGUGACUGGUGGUAAUUCCUGUAACCAGCAACCUCUGGAUCUUUCUAAUGCAAUCAAAAGAAAUGAAGAUGUGGCUUUGGCUGAUGCUGUGCUGGAUUUGAGUUUGCAAAAAAAGAGCUUAGGUGAAUCUGAACCAACAUUAAGUUUUAUUUCGCAGACCGUUUUGAAAGAAGGAGAAUCAAGUACAUGCCUGGUGGAGAAAGCCUUAAUGAAACUUGGAGAACAAAGCAUGAGCCUGGGGAAUCCUGAGGCUCCUCUAGUCACAGACUUUACCAUAGUUACAGGUUCAGACAUCGUGACUCCAGUGGAUCCCGUUACAGACGGGCUUGUUUAUGGACUUACCCUACCCACCACUUCUCUGACUCCAUCACCUGCCUCUCUUACCCCUGUUGCUCUGCAGCCAGCUUCACCGUGUACGAUAGCGUUUGCUUCCCCAACCUCACACACUGUGCUCCCUACUGCUCCUUCAUUAAUCACACUUUUGGCACCACCACCACAAAUUUCCAACCCCUCAAACCAACCAAUCCAGGUAUUAGCCCCAAAUAUAUCUCCUGAGCCCUUGGUAAUCUGCACAGAAAAUGCAUUAAGUUCUUCAGAGUGUGAUUUAACAACUGCAUUUGCCACUACAAAUUCUGCAAACCUCGUCACUCUCUCCCAACCCCUUGACCCGACUCUAAAUCUCCCUGGCCACGUGUUUCUCACUGAUCAAAUUGCUCUCAAUCCACCUAUAGUUGAGUCCACUCCUGUGUCAGAAGUGCCGUUCACACCCACUGUGACUUUAAAUGAUUCCCUACUCAACUCGUACAACAUUGCCAGCAACACAGUGUUAAUAGAGUGUACAAUAGCUCUUGAAGCCCCGGGGAGUGUAGUCCCUGCUGCAAUUACCUUACAAGAAAAUACUGCUGAGUCUCCAGCUCCGACACAGAUGGUUGUUAAUCACAUAGAACAGCAACAGAUUGUAUCGGUGCCCAACCCUCAAACCGCAGACCCCACUAUUCUUGUGUCCUCCAUCGCAGAAUCAGUCACUCUGUCCACUGCAGUGAUACCUGAUUGCCCCUCUGUAGCUGAGUCCAUUCCUGACCCAGAGCCUGUUGUCAGUCCAGAGCCACCAACCGCAAAAGAUGAGGACGCUGCUAACAGUUCUGUUUCCAUCCCUGAAAUCUCCACUGAAACCUCUCCCCCUUCUGAGAAAGCUGAAGAGGAGGAGCCCUUAAAUAACACACCGGCUGAUGUACAACAGCAGACGUUCACCAAGAAUUUCAUCUGCAAUGUGUGUGAUAAGCUGUUCCAUUCAAUGAAGGAACUGGGCCACCACGUAGGUGAUCAUGCUGAUGAAUGGCCCUACAAAUGUGAGUUCUGCGUGCUGCUCUUCGGCAAACCCUCUGCUUUGCUCGAUCAUCGAUCGAGCCUCCACGGUGUCGGAAAGACUUAUGUUUGCAGCGCAUGUACUAAAGAAUUUGUCUACCUUUGCAAUCUGAAACAACAUCAGGAAGAGCUACAUCCCGGUCAGCAGUGCACAUACACAGAAGAAGAAAAGGGAAAACUAAGACCUCAGAACUACAACAACACAACUAAAGUCGACACGGCGCCCUCGGUUCCCGAAGCUCCGGAGGAACCCAAAAAAGUGGUUAAAAAGGAAGAAGGUGAAGUAGAUGUGACUGCUGAAGAACUGUUUACAACAAUUAAAAUUAUGGCUUCAGAUGGCGGUAAGGUCAAAGGACCUGAUGUUCGCCUCGGCAUUAACCAACAUUAUCCCAGCUUCAAGCCCCCUCCUUUUCCUUACCAUAACAGAUCACCUGCUGGUUCAGUGGCUUCAGCCACAAACUUCACCACCCACAACAUCCCACAGACAUUUAGCACAGCUAUCCGGUGCACCAAGUGUGGGAAAAGCUUUGAUAACAUGCCAGAGCUUCACAAGCAUAUCCUGGCUUGUGCAAACGCCAGUGAUAAAAGGCGAUACACACCCAGAAAGAAUCCUAUCCCACUGCGCCACUUUGCAAAAUCUCAAAAUGGAGUGCUGUCGACUACAAAUUCUACUAACGGACUGAACGCUUCGAACAGAGUCAGUCAUUCAAACAGGUCCAAACAUACUCAAGAACCACCAGUAAAGUUCAAAGUGCUGAACAAAAGGAAGAAGAAGUUGGUCCAAAGGGUGAUGCCACAGAGGAACAAGUCACUUUCCUCAUCACAUAAAGUGUCAUCUGCACAGGUGGGUGAGCGACAGGAAAUAUUCGUCUGCCCGCACUGCAGCAGGGAGUUCACAAUGCGUCGCAGUCGAACCAAGCACAUGGCUGUCUGCCCCAAGAAACCUAAAGAGAUAAAGAAAAGGAAGGAAGGAGGAAUCUCCCUGACAAAGGAAAACGACGGACGCUUGCACAGAGGGGUUUCUCAUGUUGAAGAGAAACAGCAGUCCUCACCUCCGCAUAAAACAAGACUGCAAACAUCUGGUUCUGCAAAGCGGCCUGCCAUCCUACCAGUACAGACCGUCUUUUCCAACAAAAGAAGCAAAAUAAUCAUAAAAGAGAGCACACAGCCAAAGCACGAGACGCCCACUCUGAACGAACUUCCCAUUGUUCGCACUUUCAACCCGACUAUGCGGCAAUAUAGCCGAGUGCAGCAUAGCGUCAAAGGAGUCCCAAUAAAAAUCACUAUAGUGAAACCUCAACAGACUGCACCACAGAAAGAUGAGUUGCUUCCCAGCCAGAGCCGAGACGAAGCAACCGGAACCGUUACCAGCAGCUCUGAGCAGAGCGCUUCAGCUUGAUGUCGACUCAGAAGCCCAUCUGGGAUCAGCAGGGCUGCUGUACUGAACUCCUUCAGUGAUUCUAAAGGGAGAAAACUGGUAAUCACACUGUAAACCCAGCGGACUUGUAGGCUGUAUUAUACUGUAGAAUAAAUGGCUGAAUUCAGGACAGAUGCAACAGACAAACCGAGGAUACCACACUGAGUGUUUGAAUGCUUUUGUAGCAGCUUUGGAGUUUUGUAGAUUUCCUCCUUCGUUUCCGUAAACUUUGUGUCGACGGCUUGGAUUUGCACUUGAAGUUAAUCUGACUGCUACAUGUCACAAAUUGGAAAGGAAAUUGGAGGAACUGAGCUGGAAGGCUGCUCUCAUUUCCUACUUGGUGGGUUUUUCAGAGAGGAUGGCAGGUGGCAAUCAUUUUCAGCAUGCAUUUGCACUUUUUCUUAUCUGUCGUGUGUGGCCUUUUGGUUUAAACUCUUAGUGCAUGCCGUCUGUGUGCUUGUACUACAGCUACAUUAAUUUAGGAUGGAUUAAGUCGAUGCAGUUAGGCCUUAAACACUGAAUCUGAUGUCGAUCCUUUGAUCUGGGAGACAGUAACCAAUACAAGUAUAUGAAGGACAUGUCAAAUGUAGGGAAAUGGUAAAUGUGGAUGAUUGUUUCUGAACUCAAGAUGACAAAAUCACACCUUUAUAGUGCAGUGCAACAUUGGCCACAAGCUUUCUGUCAAAAUUCUUAUGAAGGAUCAGCAAUUCCGAUGAGGAAAGUCUGUUUAUAAUCAUUGGUGUGAAUGUAACAUUUAAUGCUACAGCCUUUUCAGGCCAAAAUCCUGUAUUACGUGGUUGGCCCAGCUGCUACUGUAUGUAUUUGUAUUUGAGGAUAAUGAUUUAUACGUGCCAUCUAAUGUAUAAGUUCUGACUUAAUGUGGCAUAAAAGUGUUUCCCACACAAAGAAUUUAUUUUGGUGGUUCAGUCAGAAAGAGUCACCCUCACUUCAACAAAUUGAAGCUGCACAUUCGACUUGUGAAAACAUACCUUUAAAAGAUUAAUGUGAACUUACAUGUCGUAAAGGAGAAUGUAGUGUGCAGCCAAAUUACAUGAUUAAUUCGGGGGGCUUACAGGCCACCUUGAUAAAUUCUUGACUUUUGGGAAGCUGUGCAGUUUGAUUUAUUUGCACUGCAAUCCCAAAAAGAAGUACUAUGAUGAAAAAAAAAAUCUGUACAGCUUGAAUGCACCGAUGCUGCUUUGAAAUAUGUUCACUUCUAAACGGCGUUGACCAAGCUAACUCUAGUGCUUGCCUUUUCUGCAUUUCUUCUGAAAUCCUAAUAUUCCUACAGUAGUCAAAUUUGCUUUUUUUUUUUUUUUUAUUUUAUUUUGCACCUCUUCUGCAGAUGUUUGUCAGCAAUAUUGUUUUGUGGUAUUUUCGUCACCCAGUGACUAGAGGUACAAGUCUGUUAAGUCUUCUUCAUCUGUAACAUACAACCACGUCACCGUUGCUUAUAUUCUACGUAACAGUUGCCAAUGGUUUAAUGUGUGAAGUGUGUAUAUUUAAAUUCCCACAUGUAUGAAUCAAAAACUAGAAAUGUGAUCAGUUAUGGGUUAAUUUUUUUUUCCUGAAAACCUUGUAGUGGCAUAUGAAAAUGGUUUUAUAAGCUACUAGUUUGAAGAUCCAGUGCAAUACAGGGUAGUUAUUUCAUUAUGAUUGAGUUUUAUUAAUUUGGUGAAACUAAAACUUGACAAUAGUCUGUAUUAGAGAGAAAGAGAGAGAGAGAGAGUUAUAGUACUUCUACGUUUUUGCCUUUGCAAACCUUGCUGGUUAUAUCUCUUUCAUACAGACAUACUGCAAAAUGUUGGAUGUACAGGACGGUUGGGGAGACUGUUAUUUAACUGUGAAAAGUGCUUGUAGCAUUUCAAAGUGUAAAUUGAGUCAUGUAUAUUUAUUAAUAAUUUAAAAUCAUGUUAUCAGUCUUUGAACAAUUCCUCUAUGAUUUGCACUAAAGUUUUUUCAAGCGAGUGUUCAAAAUAAAUGGCGAAUGUGAAGGUUGUAUGUGAA